AUUGAGAGAUAUUGAAAUGGGUUCAAUUGGUAAUCUAGGGUUAGCCUUUUUCCUACUAACUCUAUUUUGGAAUGGUUCGACGGCUCAAUCAGGGUGCACCAAUGUACUCAUACGAAUGGCUCCAUGCCUCAACUAUGUUACGGGAAGUUCCAAAACUCCCUCUUCUUCCUGUUGUUCAUCUCUGGCUAAUGUUGUUAAAUCACAGCCACAGUGCCUUUGCACCGCCCUCGAUGGCGGCACUAUGGCCGCACUUGGAAUCAAUAUCAACAAAACCACUGCGUUAGCACUUCCCGGUGCUUGUAAGGUGAAGACUCCGCCUGUGAGCCGAUGUGAUGGGUCCAAACAAGAUGAGGCAAAUGGUGCAAGGUUGCCAUAAGAAAAAGGGAUCACAUGGUCGUAUCUAGCAUUAUAUGGUUGUGUUGGUUUCUUAAGUCGGAUCUCUAAGCUACUUUAAAGUUACUCCUUUGGAUAUCUACUAUCAACAAUAAACCAUUUGUAUGCAAUUACUCGUUAUUUGUUAUUUUCAUCUCAUGUUUUCUACGGGCAUGUAUCGAUUUCAGUGUUGUAAUCCAUGUACCUUUCGUAUUGUGAAAUUUGGUUCCAUUUUAAACAAU